AUGAGUAACAUAAAAUAAUCAGAGGAGUUAGGAUAUAUUUUUGAAAGGAAAAAUUAACAAAAGAAUUUGGGCAACGCACUUGAGAAGCCUCAUAUCCAUAUAAAAAGAUUUCAGCUUGAUUGUAUGGGAGGAUAGCUUUAUUAUUUAUACAGACACAAUUUAAACAUUAAAAUACUUUAAUUUAUUUGUACAGAAACUUAAGAAGAAAAUUGA